AUGCAGCCGAAUGAAUCAGAUCACCUCCCGAUUAUUCUAGAAGUUCGGAAAAGGAAGAAGCGUCGGCGUCCAAAACGGAGACGUUUCAGAUUGGAGGAGUUCUGGUUGAGAGAGGAAGAUUGUAGACAAGUGGUGGAGUCUGGUUGGGGGAGUGGGACUGGUAGAUGUCCAUACUCCAAACUUCGUAACAAAAUCCAAAAUACUAGGGACUUGCUACUGAGUUGGAGUAAGGAAAGGUUCGGUUCGCUUAGAGAGACGAUCGCCAGGACCAGGGAGCGUCUGGGAGAGCUGUAUGAGGAGGGACAACCGUCUUUCUCUGACGAGGUCCGAGGGGAGUUGGAGAAGCAGCUUCGAGAGUUACUCCAGAAGGAGCAAGCUUUCUGGCAGCAGCGCUCUAGGGUGUUAUGGUUAGCUGAAGGGGAUCUAAAUACGAAAUAUUUCCACCAGAAGGCGAGCAAUCGGAGGAAGAAGAAUACUUUGAGGGGGCUCUAUAAUAGUGAUGGAGUGGGUCUUGAGGACUUGGAUGGGGUCCCGAGAGUUAUCACGGAGGAGGUAAACCAGUCUCUGAUGAGGGAGGUUACGGCAGAAGAAGUUUGGAGAGCCUUGAAGCAAAUACACCCGUCUAAGGCGCCUGGGCCAGACGGUUUGUCCCCUAUGUUUUAUCAGCAAUUUUGGGAUGUUGUGGGAGUGGAUGUGGUUGAGGCUGUGAAAAGUUUUUUGUAUUCAGAGGAGUUUCUGAGGGAUAUAAACUGCACAUGGGUAACUCUUAUCCCAAAAGUGAAGAAACCGGAAAAUAUGCAGCAGCUGAGACCGAUAAGUUUGUGCAAUGUGAUUUAUAAAAUUGGUUCCAAGCUCCUAGCGAACAGUCUCAAGCCUCUCUUGGAUAGCAUCAUCUCUCCAUUCCAAAGUGCCUUUGUGCCGGGUAGGUUGAUUUCGGAUAAUUCGUUACUUGCGUUCGAGAUCUCACAUUGUUUGAAGAAGAGGAGGAGGGGCAAAGUGGGGUAUGGAGCGUUGAAAUUAGAUAUGAAUAAAGCGUAUGAUAGGGUGGAAUGGAGGUUUCUUGAGGUGAUGUUGAUAAAGCUGGGCUUUUGUAUGGAAUGGACUCGAAUGAUAUUGAGGUGUGUGAGGACGGUUUCAUAUUCGUUUAUUAUCAAUGGUGAUCCGGUCGGACAGGUGGUGCCCUCUAGAGGUUUAAGACAGGGGGAUGCCAUCUCCCCUUACUUAUUUGUGAUAUAUGCAGAGUUUUUAUCUAGACAGCUUGUCAGUGCAGAGGGCGAUGAUGAGAUUCAGGGUGUGAGGGUAUGCACUGGGGCUCCAACAAUCUCACAUCUCCUUUUUGCGGACGACUCUUUCAUCUUCUUUAAAGCAGAGGAGCGGGGGUGCCGAAAAGUAGGGAGCAUUUUGAGCAGAUAUGAGACCCUUUCAAGGCAACAAGUAAGCUUAGCUAAGAGCAAGAUAGCUUUUAGUCAGAAUGUGCCAAGGUGGAAACAGGAUGAAUUAGCUGCAGUUCUUGGUGUGAAGAGGGUGGAAAAACACAAGAAGUAUCUGGGGUUGCCCACUGAGCUGAGUUAUUCUAAGGAAAAGGCCUUUAGUUUCUUGUGUGAGAGGAUCCGAAAGAGAACUCAAGGCUGGCGAGACAAAACUCUCACUAUCGCUGGCAAGGAGGUCCUCAUAAAGGCGGUUGUACAAUCUAUUCCUACUUACAUCAUGAGUUGUUUCGAACUUCCUAAACACAUGUGCUCGGCAAUGCAAAGGCUAAUGGCUCGCUUUUGGUGGGGGGAUAAGGGGGAUGAUCGUAAAAUACAUUGGGUGGCGUGGGAGAAGCUUUGCACUACGAAGGCUGAAGGAGGUUUAGGGUUUCGGGAUAUGAGGCUGUUCAAUAUGGCUCUGCUAGCGAAGCAAGGCUGGCGACUCAUUCGCCAACCUAAUUCCCUUCUAGCACAGGUCCUGAAGGCUCGCUACUUCCCUUCAGAGAGCUUCAUGGAGGCGGAGGUAGCGAAGGGCUGCUCGUUCACGUGGAGAAGUAUUCUGAAAGGCAGAGAUCUUUUGAAGAAGGGUCUUCGUUUCCAGGUUGGUAAUGGGGAGAGUAUUUCGGUUUGGGAUGAUCCUUGGAUUCCACUGCCAUAUAGUUUCAGACCGUAUUCUCCUCCAAUGGAGGGUACUGAGGAGCUUAGAGUUUGUGAUCUUAUUGACCCAGACACGGGUGACUGGAAUGUGUGGUUGUUGAAUGAGUUGUUUAUGGGAAACGAGGUGGACAUUAUAGCUCGAAUCGCCCUUAGUAAUGGUGGUGGGGAGGAUAGAAUGGUCUGGCACUUUGAUAACAAAGGAGUAUACAGUGUAAAGAGUGGAUACCAUGUAGCUCGGAUGACCAACCAGCCGGGGAAUUUCGCGUCUACUUCGGACUCGAACAACGGUACUAGGACUCUCUAUAAGAGAAUAUGGGGUGCUAAUGCUCCUCCUAAAGUUCGAAUGCAGGCGUGGCGUUUGGUCAAAGGCAUCCUGCCUACUCGUUGUGCACUAGAGAGGAGAGUUUCGCUCCCAGAUGUGAGGUGUGUUUUCUGUGGGUUUAAUGGGGAAGAUGAUAAGCAUUUAACCAAGGAGCAAGCGGCAAGUUUUUUGAUGGCUUUGUGGGUUAUUUGGGAUACCCGAAAUGAUGUUCUUUGGAAUGGGGGUUCUUAUGAUCUUGGACAUAUGCAGAGGAAGGCAGGAGAUUUGUUAAUGGAAUACCAAAAAUUCCAUGGUCGCAAGACGAAGAAGGGUAAGCGCAAGAUUAUGAAUUUUCAGGAGAGUCACAAGCGUGGUGGGAUUGGGGUUGUGGUCCGGAAUGAACUUGGAAUAUGCAUGGCAGUUUUUGCUCAGCCUUUGAACUAUGCUCACUCAGCUUUGCAGGUGGAGGCAGAGGCUCUUCUAGCCGGAAUUUUAAUAGCUAUUCACCAAGGCUGGGACAUGGUUGAGAUUGAGAGUGACUGUUCUAUGCUAGUCGAUGCUCUUCAUAGAGACGAGGAGGACCUUUCAAUGGUGGGUCGCAUUGUAGAGGAUUGUAAAAGGUACACUCGGUCUUUUAUUUCCUUUCGAUGUCGACACAUUUAUCGUGAAGCAAAUGGGGUUGCUAAUAGAUUAGCGCACCUUGCUAGUUGGAAUAGUUUAGAUGAGUUAUGGUUUGACGAGGCUCCUGUUAUUAUUCGGGAUGUUCUCUUUGAGGAUGGUUGUAAUGUUGAUAGGGGUUUAGGCAACAAGUCCCCCCCAAUGUUUGACUAUCAUAUUAAUAAUAUGGUUGAGGAACCUGUCUAG